AUGGCAAAAGAUAGUAAGCAGAGUGUUGUUCUUGUCUCCGUAGAAGGAGAGAGGUUCACUGUGGAACGUAAGAUUGCAGAAAGGUCUCUUCUGCUUAAAAAUUAUUUGAAUGACAUGCAAGACAACGGGCUUCAAAGUGGCAGUGAUUCCGAAUCUGAUGAGGAAGGUGCGGACUCUGAAGACGAGAUUGUGAUGCCUGUUCCAAAUGUUAGAUCUUCUGUUUUGCAGAAGGUGAUUGAAUGGGCAGAACACCACAGAGACUCGAAUUUUCCAGAUGAAAACGACGAUGACGCACGCAAAACGGCGCCAGCAGACCCCUGGGACCGUGAGUUUCUGAAAGUGGACCAGGAAAUGCUCUAUGAGAUCAUGCAAGCCGCUAAUUAUCUGAAUAUCAAGCCUCUACUGGACGCAGGUUGCAAAGUGGUUGCAGAGAUGAUACGUGGCAGGACUCCUGAGGAGAUCAGACGAACCUUUAACAUCGUGAACGACUUCACCCCAGAGGAAGAGGCUGCCAUCCGACGCGAGAACGAAUGGGCCGAGGAUCGUUGA